CCCAAAACAGUCCAAAUAUACUUGACAAGAAUUCUCCCAAGCUUGCAAGAAAAUCACAGGAUCCCAGUUUAAUAGCAGGUAGUAGUGGAUGACAUCAAAAAACAUAUAUGGAGAAAGCUGUAAAAUGAAAUGAAACCAAGCACACAGAACACCACGAUUUUUUACGUGGAAAACCCCUCCAAAUCGAAGAGGAAAAACCACGGGACCUCCGUCCACCCAAACUCUUCACUAUUCAACAAGGAAUAAGUACAAGAGAGUCUCCAAACAUCAAAUAUGAUGAUACAACAGCUCAAGAAGUAUAAAACUUCAACAAAGAUACAAAGAGGAUGAACAAGGAUUGAAAUCACUCUAAAAACUACAGGUCUGUUCGGAGAUGAUUCCAGAUGAUCUAACCGUCAAAAUCCAAUCUCCACCGUUCAGAAUUUAGGUAUGUGUCUUGGGAACCUCCAGUCAAAAUUUCAGCAUAAUCUGACCACGGAUGCCUUCCCAAUCGCGAUUUCUCUGAAGCUGGGCGAGCAGCAAAAUUCUGCCCAGAAAAUAUUUCUCUCCUUUAUCUGUUAUCUUUUUAUGUUGGCUAAUGUCUUCCUUGACCACAUGUUCUAUUUUGCAGAAUACAUCCUUUGACUAAGUGAAGAGUCAAAUGACUUAAUGGGUCUCCAUCGAUUGGGCUAUAAUCACAUAGGAGGGAAUAAAUGAGAUUCUUGGAAUCAGCCAUGGAAAACAUCUGUUUCCUGUUCGUCUACUUUGGUUGAACCUCAAGCGCCCGCUGUUGUUGCAAGUGCUGGACAAUUCCUUGCUUCACAAUCUUCUCCGUUGUCUCCCUCUGACGGCUCAGCCAUCAGCAGACCCAACCAGCAAAACCAAGUAUCAAACACCCUGUGCAUUUCAAUAUCUUCGUGGCUCAGAGAAGCUUCGCAGAAACGGAUAUGUCCUCAACACUCCCUACGCAUUUGAAAUUGAGACCACCCAUCCAUCCAAUCAAUAUCUUGGGAACCCAUAAUAACGUUGUUAGAGUUAAAUCGAGAAAUCGCACUCUUCAUACCCGUCUCAAAGUUCACUUCUCUGUACACCGGAGGUUUAGCUCUCGGCUUUCAUUGCUCUCAAGGGCCAGCAGUGAUGGAGAGAGUGAUACCCCUACAACCACUACUCGGGAGUCAUCAUCUCCCGCCACAGGAGAUAGCCUGCCCAACAUCGGAGAUGGUUAUGUUUCAUUGUUCAUCCGGAUGUUGGGUUUAGACAAUGAUCCUCUUGAUAGAGAGAGUGCUAUAGUUGCCUUAUGGAAGUAUUCGCUUGGAGGAAAGAAGUGUGUGGAUGCCAUAAUGCAGUUUCCAGGUUCUUUGAAUCUCACAGUGAAUCUUCUCAGGUCGGAAUCUGAUUGUGCAUGUGAAGCAGCGGCUGGCUUAUUGAGGAUGGUGUCCUCAAUUAAUGUAUACAGGGAUUUUGUGGCAGAAAGUGGCGCAAUAGAGGAGAUAACUGGCCUAUUGGGGCGAUCUUCAGUAUAUCCAGAUGUGAAGGAGCAAAGCAUUUGUGCGUUGUGGAAUUUCACUGUGGAUGAGAAAUACAGGAUAAAAAUUGCUAAUUCUGAUCUGCUUCAUAUAUUAAUAACGUUACUGGAGGAUGACGAUGUGAGGGUGAAAGAGGCGGCUGGAGGGGUUUUGGCAAAUUUGACGCUAACCAGUUCUAAUCACAAAAUUAUGGUCGAAGCUGGAGUCAUCCCAAAGCUGGCUGAUACAGCAACAAAACAACCCGAUAGAUUGCUCUAUGGUACUGUUCGGGAAGCAAUCACUUGCACAUAUGAUGUUUAACUCUCCACAAGUAAUUGUAUACUCCCUCUGUAAUCUAUUGCUUGCUACAAUAGGGUUUGACAGAAUAUUCAAGGGAAAAAUAGUAGAAGUAAUGAAUAGUGUAGAAAAAGUAGGAGAGAGUAGAAGCGUUUGCAAAAGAAUAUGAGAAGUAGAAAACGUAAGAGUAAUUGAGUAUUUUUAAAGGGAAAACUUGCCAAAAAAGGUUUAAUUUAGCAAACAAAAACUUCCCAAUAAGGAAAGUGUAGCAAACACAAGAAUUCGUAGGGAGUAUAAUGUUAGUGAUAAUUUGUUACGGAGUACUAUUUUUUGAAUAAUUGAUUCAACAUUUUGCCUAUAAAAUUCAAGUUAUGUCUACUUUCAUAGUAAUGGUUACUUCAGAUGCAAACACCUGCGUUGAGACAACAUGUUUUUAUUGAUUUCAAGUGAAGAUGACUAUCAUACUGUUUUGUAAUGAGUAUUUACAUUUGAAAUCAUUAUAAAAAAUUGAUGCUUCACUUGAGCUACAAAGAAAUGCAGUAUCCUGUCGUUGAGUUUGCUUAUCCGCUUUAACAAGUUUCCGUCAUUGCGCUAUGUUAUCAUCGACAGGCUUCUCUUUUGCAUGGCCACACUUUUGAAAACAGAAGUUAAGGGAUCUAAGGUGGUUAGGAAAGAAGCAAGAAUUGCAUUGUUGGAACUUGCUAAAGAUGAGUACAAUAAAAUUCUUGUAAUGGAGGAGGGUCUACUUAUGGUCCCUUUGGUUGGUGCUGCUGCUUACAAGUCUUUUAAACCCACUUUGUAUUCAUGGCCGUCUUUUCCUGAUGGUACCCAAAUUGAGAAGAGACCAAAAAGCACUUCAAAAUAUGGUGCUUCAGAACUGCUUCUUGGACUGCAUGUCCUAGAUGACAAUGCAAACAUUGACGAAGCAAUGACAAAUGCAAUGGUUGGACAGGCUAGACAACAAUUUCUUGCUCGUAUAGGGGCCAUAGAGGUUGAAGAUAACAAGUCCAAUGAUGAAGUGCUAUCGUGUCGGUCUACUCUUUUGCCUUGGGUUGAUGGUGUAGCACGACUGGUUCUGAUUCUUGGUCUUGAAGAUGAAUCAGCUGUUGCAAGAGCUGCAGAGGCCAUUGCUGAUGCAUCCAUCACCGAACAUUUGCGUGUAUCCUUUAGAGCAGCUGGUGCUAUUAAUCAACUAACUAAGCUGAUCAAUCAUCCUAGUGACACUAUAAGAUGUGCUUCUGUUCGGGCUCUGGAAAGAUUAUCUGUCAGCAAUGCAGUUUGCCAAAGACUAGGAGAAGAAAACAUUUUGCACCCUUUGAUAAAUUUACUGAAUAACUUAGACGUGUCUAAUAACAUUAUAAAAAUGGUUGUUGAUAUUCUUAGUCGAGUUCUAGAUCCGAGCAAAGAAAUGAAAUCCAAGUUUUUUGAGGGGCCUAUCAACCUUUCAACAAAGGGAUUGGUGGAAAUAAGGAACAUGGAAUCUGGCGGAGAAGAGAAUGAGAAAGCUGUAUCAACCAAAAGCUUGAAAACACCCAAUGUGGUUGAACUUCUGGAUUCUUCUGUUAUUGCUCGCCUCAUUGAGAUCAUGAAGACAUCAUCUCCAGACAUGCAGAAAAAAGUUGCUUCCAUCCUUGAGUUUGUUUCAGUUGUUGAGGCAUGCACUGAAAAGAUAUUCUCAAUUGACAUGGAAUCUGGGUUAGAUGCCGUUUUUCAACAGGAAUGUUUGAAAGCGACGCGGUCAGAUUUUGAUGGAUGGAGGCCCAAACUGCAUGCUCUGGAAAUUGAAGAAGCUGGUUGGGCCAUAUCCGCAGCAUCCCGUCUACUCACCAGAUUGCUGGAAUUUGAGCAUUUCAGGCGCGUAAUAGAUGCAUCCCACUUCACUGAAUUGCUUCGAAGAGUCCUCAAGUCAAACAAUGUUCCUCUUCAUCACAAAGAGUGGGUCGCUGCUUGCCUCGUCAAACUCACCUCUCUAUCCAGACCCGGCCCCUAUUCUUCUUCAAGCUCUGAGAACCCAAUCGACAUGGAGGUAACUCUUUAUGAGACUAUCCCAAGACUGGUAGAACAGAUGCAAACCUCAUUUUCUCCUGAGGCUGCUGUUGUGGAGCUAAACAAGAUUAUAUCCAAAGGAGUGGUGGGUUCCACUCAAGCUCUCUCUGCCGCAGGAGGGAUAUUCCCCUUGGUGAGCAUCAUUGAGAGUGGGACUGAGAAGGCUGUGGAAGCAGGGAUAGCUGUACUGUAUAAUCUAAGCAUGGACGCCGAAAACCACGCAGCCAUUGUUGCAGCUGGAGCAGUUCCAGUUUUAAGGAGGAUUGUGCUAUCACAGCGGCCUCAAUGGAUGCGUGCACUUUGUCUGCUUAGGAAUUUACCUACCUGAAAACUGUCAGAAUAUUUGGUGGAAUGUUGAGAAAGUACAUAGGAUAUGACGUAUUUGUUUGUUAGCUUGUAUUUGUCAAAGAUCUUGCAUCAAGAUCUUAUAAUCUAGUACUAGGUCUCCAUUCCUUUGGGAAAAGUUCCUUUGUCUCUCUAAACUAAAAAAAGUUCUUACUUAUUGCAAAUUGAAGACUUGAUAUUCACUGUGUGACACAUUGUGCUGGCAGUGCCAACUGAAUGGCUUCACCGGUCGUUUCAGCUCCCGGUACGGAUCCAGG